GAAAAAGGGGCCAGGCUCAGCCAGCCAGCCAGCCAGCCAGCCAGCCUGCAACGCUCGACAGCACCACGGACCAAGUUGAGCUGCUUGUUGAGGGACAUGCCGCCGCUACACGGGCCUUUUCUGUCUGCUCUGGAGAGCUGACACUUGUGCACUUUUUUUUUUAUUUGUUCUGUUUCUUUGACCUCAUGGACGUGCGCUCCCGCUCACCCUCCCCAGCUCCUCCAGCAACCAUGUCGCGCCGCCUCGCCAGGCGGAUCGAGCGCUGCUGCUGUGCCUGUAUCGGCCUGUCUCCGCUCGUGUUCGUCUAUGGCAUCACAACCUGGGCCGUCUGGGCUAUCGUCAACAUAGGCGGCACCAAGACCAAGUCAACCUGGCUUGGCUCCUCGUCAUCCCUCUUCGGCAUCCUCCUCUACCUCAUGCUCAACUGGUCCUACUCCGUCGCCGUCUUCACGCCCCCCGGCAGCACGACGGAUGCCCAUGGAUACAGCGCGCUGCCCAGCCACGGCGCGCCCGCCGCCACGUCCUUCACGGUCAAGUCCAACGGCGAGCUGCGCUUCUGCAAAAAGUGCCAGGCCCGCAAACCCGACCGCGCCCACCACUGCUCGACCUGCCGCCGAUGCGUCCUCAAGAUGGACCACCACUGCCCCUGGCUGGCCACGUGCGUCGGCUUGCGCAACCACAAGGCCUUCCUACUCUUCCUUAUCUACACUAGCCUAUUUAGCCUCUACGGUUUUGCCGUCGCCGGCGACUGGGUCUACAACGAGAUCCUCAACAACACCACCUAUGUCGAGGACCUGAUGCCCGUCAACUUCAUCAUGCUGUGCAUCGUCGCCGGAAUCAUUGGCCUCGUUGUUGGCGCCUUCACCAUCUGGCAUUUGGUCCUCGUCGGCCGCGGCCAGACCACCAUCGAGUGCCUCGAGAAGACGCGCUACCUCUCACCGCUGCGCCAGACGCUGCGCAACGCCUACAAUGCCCAGCACGGAGGCCACGGCGUCCCCCUGCCCCGCUACGGCCAGCAGCUACUCGAGCUGCACGAGAACGUCCUGCCAGGCAUCACGCGACCCGAGGAGGGGGAGGACCGUCGCCCGGCCCCCGCCACCGGCCCCAACGGCUCCAUGUACAGCGACAUACCGGGCCCCGAGGGCCAGAUGGGCCGACGCAUGACAUACGACGAGCUUGAGCGCCACCGCGCCCGCAAGCGCUACGACGAGUAUCUCGACGAGCAGGACAGCGCCAAGCUCCCCAACGCCUUCGACCUAGGUGUCCGCCGCAACUACCUACACCUGUUUGGCCACAACCCUUGGCUAUGGCCUUUCCCCAUAUGCACCACGACCGGUGACGGCUGGUCCUGGGAGCCAAGCCCCAGGUGGCUACAAGCGCGCGACGACCUCGCAAGCGAGCGGGAGCGUCAGCGCGAGCGCGAACGCGCCGCCGGCUGGGGCCAGCCCGAAGACGACGACGAGCCUGCGCCGUGGAACCAGACCAUCGCGCCGCCGCCGCCCGGAGGGGUUGGGUCUGCCGGAGGGGCGGGGAGGCAUUACGUGCAGCAGCAGCAGCAGCAGCAGCAACAGCGAUUUCAGCACCCGCAACCGGCGAGCCCAGGCCUUCGAGCGCCGUCCAAGGCGGACCGCAUACUGGGCCGGGAUCCGAACAUGUAUGAUGACAUCGCGCAGCCGCCGCCGUCAACGUCGGUGUCGAUGCGUCGACUGCGGCCGUCUGGCGCGUAUGACGAUCUCAUGGACGAUGACGACCUGAUGGACGACAGUGAAGACGACAAGGCCGUGCUUGAGGAGGACUUUGCUGCCCCCGCCGCUGCCGCUGCCGCUGCUGCUGCCACUUCUUCCUCUUCCCGAGGUCAAUCGCAGGCCAAGAGAUCACCAGGCCUGCGUUCAGACCCUGCAUGGGGUCGAGGCGGAGCAAGCGGCCUGCUCCGGGGUGGCGGGCGGGGCUUGAAGAGUCCCGGUGCCUCGGGCAGGGCAAGGGGUGAUUCAGACGCCGGUGUCGAUUAAACGAGUCUCGCAUCUUUUUCUCAUCUUCUUCCAUGCCGUGAGGGAUACCUCCCACUUGGCCAAUUUGAGUCGAGCAAACUUGCCAAGAGAUGCGCCGUUGCCAGCAAGCGAGCCUUGAAUAUCUUCUAAUCCCCGUUUGGAUCUUGUUUUUCUUCUUUCUUUCUUUUGUUGCAUGCUCCUCCCUUUCUCCAUCGCGGCGGCGGCCCAUCUUUUGUCGUCUUCCUGCUUCAGGAAACAACACGGCCGUGUUUUGCUGCCCCUUUCUGGGCAAUUAUAUACAUGUACAUUUUUUCUAUUUCUAGUCCACGCAUCUGGCGCAACAUGGAGGACAUUUGUCAAGAUUAAUGACUUACUGAAGAGUUCAUACUCGGACCCAAUUUACGGGGGUGGAAAGCUGUACUUGGUUCUGUUCUAUCUUGGCUGACCAUCGAUUGAAAGGUAGAUAGAGUAUGAUAGAAACCAGAGUUUCACCCAUCAUCCGCAAGUCGCUGAAAAUCUGUCCCGUG